GUUCUCCCCUGAGGAACACUGUGCUAAUUAAGCAGGCACUCAAACUGCUCUACAGCAGCGAGGCCCUCUACAGGAGCGCCAAAUGUUGGAGUUCCUUCAUCAUGGUUUUGGGGAGCAGUGAUUUGUUGGAAAAGAGGGGGAAUCUUCUUCCCUUAUCCCUGGGAGAGCCCCCCCUUGGAUUCCAAGAGAAUGUGCUGGCAGCCAGCAGCAACUUCCUGGAGGAUCUCAAGUCUGGAGUUAAUGUGUCUUUACCAUCUGCUCUUUUCUCUGGGCAGCUGCACCACGAGGCUUCUCUCAUCCUGGCAGUGCAAGCAGUGCAGCAAACUCUUUGUUGUGACCUUCCCCACUUGACUUCCUUCUUAGAGAUAGUCCUGGCUUUUGGGAAAAACUUCUGGGCUCUGAGGCUGUUGCUGGACCAACUUGCCUGUGAGGAGCACAUCCUGUGUGGCACUGCCAGCCUGCUUUUGAGGGACCUGAGUCGAGAGAAAGCCACAAUGCUGAGAGUGCUCCGAGACCUUCGGGAUCUGAUCCCAUUCUACCUGUGCAAAACUGGCAAUUUCCUGGAUGCUGCCCAUUCCCUGCUCUUCCCUGUCAACAGCCUGGCCUGCUGCUCUGCCUGCAGGAUCAGCCCCUGCCAGUUCAAGGUCUACCUCAAGAUCUUCAGGACAGGCUGUGUUCCCUCUGGGAAUGAUGUGCAGGAUGCAGGGCCCUGGGUUACAGCUGGUUCUCCCCUGAGGAACACUGUGCUAAUUAAGCAGGCACUCAAACUGCUCUACAGCAGCGAGGCCCUCUACAGGAGCGCCAAAUGUUGGAGUUCCUUCAUCAUGGUUUUGGGGAGCAGUGAUUUGUUGGAAAAGAGGGGGAAUCUUCUUCCCUUAUCCCUGGGAGAGCCCCCCCUUGGAUUCCAAGAGAAUGUGCUGGCAGCCAGCAGCAACUUCCUGGAGGAUCUCAAGUCUGGAGUUAAUGUGUCUUUACCAUCUGCUCUUUUCUCUGGGCAGCUGCACCACGAGGCUUCUCUCAUCCUGGCAGUGCAAGCAGUGCAGCAAACUCUUUGUUGUGACCUUCCCCACUUGACUUCCUUCUUAGAGAUAGUCCUGGCUUUUGGGAAAAACUUCUGGGCUCUGAGGCUGUUGCUGGACCAACUUGCCUGUGAGGAGCACAUCCUGUGUGGCACUGCCAGCCUGCUUUUGAGGGACCUGAGUCGAGAGAAAGCCACAAUGCUGAGAGUGUGGCAGAACCUUGGUCCCCAGUACGUGGGGGAGUUCCUGUGCCUGUUCCUGACCUGCAGACACAAGAGGAUGCAGUCGGUGGGGCUCUUCAGCCUCAACGUCAUCAUCGAGAACCUGCACAUGUGUCCCUGGGCAAAGCAGCUCUGCACCUUUUUCCUGGAGUCAGGUUUGAGGCAGCUCCCCUUUGGCACCACAGUUCACCACGAAGUUUCCAAGUUUGUCAGUGCUUUUGAGAAACUUUAA